AUGCCGGGGGGCAAGAGAGGGCUGGUGGCACCGCAGAACACAUUUUUGGAGAACAUCGUCAGGCGCUCCAGCGAAUCGAGUUUCUUACUGGGAAAUGCCCAGAUUGUGGAUUGGCCUGUAGUUUAUAGUAAUGACGGUUUUUGCAAACUCUCUGGGUAUCAUCGAGCUGACGUCAUGCAGAAAAGUAGCACUUGCAGUUUUAUGUAUGGAGAAUUGACUGACAAGAAAACCAUUGAGAAAGUCAGGCAGACUUUUGACAACUACGAGUCAAACUGCUUUGAAGUUCUUUUGUACAAGAAAAACAGAACCCCUGUUUGGUUUUAUAUGCAAAUUGCACCAAUAAGAAAUGAACAUGAAAAGGUGGUUUUGUUCCUAUGCACUUUCAAGGACAUUACGUUGUUCAAACAGCCAAUAGAGGAUGAUUCAACAAAAGGUUGGACAAAAUUUGCCCGAUUGACACGGGCUUUGACAAAUAGCCGAAGUGUUUUGCAACAGCUCACGCCAAUGAAUAAAACAGAGGUGGUCCACAAACAUUCAAGACUAGCUGAAGUUCUUCAGCUGGGAUCAGAUAUCCUUCCUCAGUACAAGCAAGAAGCGCCAAAGACGCCACCACACAUUAUUUUACACUAUUGUGCUUUUAAAACAACGUGGGAUUGGGUGAUUUUAAUUCUUACCUUCUACACCGCCAUUAUGGUUCCUUAUAACGUUUCCUUCAAAACAAAGCAGAACAACAUAGCCUGGCUGGUGCUGGACAGUGUGGUGGAUGUUAUUUUUCUGGUUGACAUUGUUUUAAAUUUUCACACGACCUUUGUGGGACCUGGUGGAGAGGUCAUUUCUGACCCCAAGUUGAUCAGGAUGAACUAUCUGAAAACUUGGUUUGUGAUCGAUCUGUUGUCUUGUUUACCUUAUGACAUCAUCAAUGCCUUUGAAAAUGUUGAUGAGGGAAUCAGCAGUCUCUUCAGUUCUUUAAAAGUGGUGCGUCUCUUGCGACUGGGCCGUGUUGCCAGGAAAUUGGACCAUUACCUAGAGUAUGGAGCAGCGGUCCUUGUGCUCCUGGUGUGUGUGUUUGGACUAGUUGCUCACUGGCUGGCCUGCAUAUGGUACAGCAUUGGGGACUAUGAGGUCAUCGAUGAAGUCACAAACACCAUCCAGAUAGACAGUUGGCUCUACCAGCUGGCCUUGAGCAUUGGGACUCCAUAUCGAUACAAUACCAGUGCAGGGAUAUGGGAAGGAGGACCCAGCAAGGAUUCACUGUAUGUGUCCUCUCUCUACUUUACCAUGACAAGCCUUACAACCAUAGGAUUUGGAAACAUAGCUCCUACCACAGAUGUGGAAAAGAUGUUUUCCGUGGCCAUGAUGAUGGUUGGCUCUCUUCUUUAUGCAACUAUUUUUGGAAAUGUUACCACAAUUUUCCAGCAAAUGUAUGCCAACACCAACCGGUACCAUGAGAUGCUGAAUAAUGUACGGGACUUUCUGAAACUCUAUCAGGUCCCCAAAGGCCUUAGUGAACGAGUCAUGGAUUAUAUUGUCUCAACAUGGUCUAUGUCAAAAGGCAUUGACACAGAAAAGGUCCUCUCCAUCUGUCCCAAGGACAUGAGAGCUGAUAUCUGUGUUCAUCUAAACCGGAAGGUUUUUAAUGAGCAUCCUGCUUUUCGAUUGGCCAGCGACGGGUGUCUGCGCGCCUUGGCGGUAGAGUUUCAAACUAUUCACUGUGCUCCUGGGGACCUCAUUUACCAUGCUGGAGAAAGUGUGGAUGCCCUCUGCUUUGUGGUGUCAGGAUCCUUGGAAGUCAUCCAGGAUGAUGAGGUGGUGGCUAUUUUAGGGAAAGGGGAUGUAUUUGGAGACAUCUUCUGGAAGGAAACCACCCUUGCUCAUGCCUGUGCCAAUGUCCGAGCACUGACAUACUGUGACCUCCACAUCAUCAAGCGAGAAGCCUUGCUUAAAGUCCUGGACUUUUAUACAGCUUUUGCAAACUCAUUCUCAAGGAAUCUCACUCUUACUUGCAAUCUAAGGAAACGGAUCAUUUUCCGCAAAAUCAGUGAUGUGAAGAAAGAAGAGGAGGAGCGCCUCAGGCAAAAGAAUGAGGUCACCCUCAGCAUACCCGUGGACCACCCGGUAAGAAAGCUCUUCCAGAAGUUCAAGCAGCAGAAGGAGCUGCGGAAUCAGGGGUCAACGCAGAGUGACCCUGAGCGGAACCAGCUGCAGGUAGAAAGCCGCUCCUUACAGAACGGAGCCUCCAUCACUGGCACCAGUGUGGUCACCGUGUCACAGAUUACGCCCAUUCAGACAUCUCUGGCCUAUGUGAAAACCAGCGAGUCCCUCAAACAAAACAACCGUGAUGCCAUGGAACUCAAGCCCAGUGGCGGUGCUGACCCCAAAUGUCUCAAAGUCAACAGCCCCAUAAGAAUGAAGAAUGGAAAUGGGAAAGGGUGGCUGCGACUCAAGAAUAAUAUGGGAGCCCAUGAGGAGAAGAAGGAAGACUGGAAUAAUGUCACUAAAGCUGAGUCGAUGGGGCUACUCUCCGAGGACCCCAAGGGCAGUGAUUCAGAGAACAGCGUCACCAAAAAUCCACUAAGAAAAACAGAUUCUUGUGACAGUGGCAUUACAAAAAGUGACCUUCUUUUGGAUAAGGCUGGGGAGGCGCGAAGUCCACUAGAGCAUAGCCCCAUCCAGGCUGAUGCCAAGCACCCCUUUUAUCCCAUCCCUGAGCAGGCCUUACAGACCACACUGCAGGAAGUCAAGCACGAACUUAAAGAGGACAUUCAGCUGCUGAGCUGCAGAAUGACUGCCCUGGAGAAGCAGGUGGCAGAAAUUUUAAAAAUACUUUCAGAAAAAAGUGUGCCCCCGACCUCUUCUCCCAAAUCCCAAAUGCCGCUCCAAGUACCUCCCCAAAUACCAUGUCAGGAUAUUUUUAGUGUUUCAAGGCCUGAGUCACCUGAAUCUGACAAAGAUGAAAUCCACUUUUAA